UGGGCAUUUUCAUGGAGUCUCCUUUGAUGUUACUUCGUUUGUUCUCUAUAUGCCUCGUUAUCUGUAAGUUCAGAUAUUUUCUAAUGCGUUAAGCUCAAGCCAUCCACAAAAACAAAUUAUUAGCAGCAGAUAAGUCGAAAGCAUCCCUCUUUGCUUCUUCUUCUUCUUCUUCGGAUAAAAAGCCUACAGGACUCCAAAAUCAAUACCAAAAAUAGCGUUGAAGCUCUUAGGAAGGCGUUGACUGGUUCUUGAGAGAUGGGUUUGUGUUAAACUCGUGGGGUUUAGUCGAAAGAUUCAAAAAUCAAAUGGAGCCUCCAAAGGGAUGUAUUGCUUCUUUCGUGCAUUUCUUAGUGUUCCUUCCUUAUUUCACUGCAUUGCUGUUUCUGGGUGUCAUCAAAGGUAUCCUUCUGUGUCCACUGGUAUGCCUCGUUGUGACUAUAGGCAACUCUGUGGUCAUACUAACUCUUUUGCCCAUCCACAUCGUUUGGACAUUCUAUUCAAUAGUGAGUGCCAAACAAUUAGGACCGAUCUUGAAGCUCUUUAUAUGCCUAUGUCUACCUGCCGCCAUCAUUCUUUGGCCAAUUCUUGGUGUCUUAGCAAGUGUUCUUGGAGGAGCUUUAUAUGGUUCUCUCUCACCAAUCUUCGCCACCUUUGAUGCCGUUGGCGAGGGCAAGCCUUCCCCGCUUCUUCAUUGCUUUUAUGAUGGAACUUGGAGCACCGUCAAGCGCAGCUUCAUUGUUGUCCGUGACUUUAAAGACGUGUGCUUUCACUCCUACUUCUCAUUUAUGGAUGAGAUUAGAAAAUGUAGUCCGGAUCAGAACUAUCAUGAGAUAAGGCUACUUCAACUUCCAGGGGCUUUGAUAACUUCAGCUCUCGGGAUUCUUGUUGCUUUCCCUUUGAUCUCACUAGUAGCCUUAUGCAAAAGCCCUUACAUGCUCUUCAAAGGCUGGCACCGUCUGUUUCACGACCUCAUUGGACGGGAAGGUCCAUUCUUGGAGACAAUGUGUGUCCCCAUAGCAGGCCUAGCGAUCUUGCUUUGGCCUUUGGCUGUCGCUGGAGCAGUUCUUGGUUCAGCGGUCUCUAGCAUCUUCCUCGGUGCUUAUGCAGGAGUAGUCUCAUACCAAGAAUCAUCUUUUUACUAUGGACUAUGCUUUGUGGUCGCCUCUGUGUCCAUUUACGACGAGUAUAGCACUGAUAUACUUGACAUGAAUGAAGGAUCUUGCUUCCCAAGGCCAAAGUAUCGAAAAAACGAAGCCGAACCAACACCUUUUUCAGGUCCUAUACCAAGACAAGGCUCUAUCAAGAACAUGUCUUCAACAAGAGUAGGGUCAGUGAGAGUCCCUAUGAUUGAUGUGAAGCCUCUUGACCUUUUGGAUGGUCUCUUUGUGGAGUGUAGGAAGUUUGGAGACGUUUUGGCGAGUAAAGGACUGAUAAACUCAAAAGAUAUCGAAGACGCGAGGUCUAGUAAUGGCAGCCAAGUCAUCAGCGUUGGCUUACCAGCUUAUGGAUUUCUUUAUGAGAUUCUACGCUCUGUCAAAGCAAAUACUUCUGGCUUGUUGCUCAGUGACGGUGUAACUGAACUAACUACCAAGAACAGACCGAAAGACGCUUUCUUUGAUUGGUUUCUGAAUCCGUUUCUGAUACUUAAGGAGCAGAUGAAAGCUACGAACUUAACUGAUGAAGAGGAAGAGUAUCUCGGAAGGUUGGUGUUGCUGUAUGGAGACUCAGAGAGGCUAAAGAACUCGUAUGCUGAUUCAUCUUCUCCUCUUCUCACCGAGCGUAAAAGAGCUGAGCUUGACGCCUUUGCUCGCAGGAUUCAAGGGCUGACGAAAACGGUGUCAAGGUAUCCAACAUACCGUAGACAUUUUGUGGAAUUAGUGAAGAAACUAUCGGAUGAUUUGGAGGUCCAGGACCGUGACGGUUCAGAAACUAUAAGAGAAGCGCCUGGUCCGGUUAAGAUAUUUUCUAGGAUAUUCAGUCAUAGAUCGUUCAGAAGGAAAGAGAGUAUCAAUGGAUCCGACCAAGAAUCAAGGAAGGGUGUGUCACGGAAUGUAGAUUUAGUUUAAUCCUGGGAACGUGUGUAUGCAAUAUCUCUUUUUACUAGACUUGUGAAUGUUUGUUUCAUGUCUAAUUCAUAUUCAUAUGACAGGUUGCUCCAAUAUAAAAUUCAACCAUGUUGUGUCUU